AUGGGUGGUGAACAGCGAGAGGACCACUUGAAGAAAGGUUCAAAUGUCUCACCGUAUGAAGCAUUAUUUGCCGGCUCAGUUGCGGGUGGUAUAUCAAGAGCAAUCACUGCUCCGCUAGACACCAUCAAAAUACGACUUCAAUUGGAAACACACAGUUUUCUGCAACGACAAUCUAUCGCCACCAUAGUCAGGUCCUUACUCAAGAAUGAAGGUGUUGUUGCUUUGUGGAAGGGUAACGUACCAGCCGAAAUCAUGUAUAUAUUAUAUGGAGGUGUUCAAUUUGCAUCGUACUCUACCUUGAGUACAAACCUUGCGCAGCUUGAGCAACAUUAUCGAUUCAGUCUAUCACCUGCUAUGCACUCAUUGGUUGUAGGUUCUGGAGCUGGACUAGCAAGUACACUAGCAACUUAUCCGUUUGACUUGCUCCGCACAAGGUUGGUGGCGAACAAGAACAGAAACUUGGUUUCCAUGACUGGUACCAUCAAGCAUAUUCUUAAAACAGAAGGAGUGAGCGGAAUGUUUGCUGGGAUAAAACCUGCUAGUAUUUCAGUAGCAUCCACAACUGGACUCAUGUUCUGGUCAUAUGAAUUGGCAAGAUCAUUUUCGCAAGAGUAUAACAAUAUCCCAUUUAUUGAAGGGAUAUGUGGCUUCAUUGCUGGAGUCACGUCGAAAGGUAUCACCUUCCCACUAGACACAUUAAGAAAGAGAUGUCAGGUGUAUGCUGUUGUGCACGGAUCCAAACCAAUUGGGGCCUUGCGUCUUUUUAUUGGCAUCAUAAAACAAGAGGGAAUAUUUGGUCUAUACAAAGGGUAUGGAGUCAGCAUAUUGAAAACGGCACCAACAAGUGCGUUGUCAUUAUGGAUCUAUGAGUACACUAUUUCUUUUGUGAAGUCUCGUACAUUUGCCUGA